AUGGCAGCUACAAAGACUCGAAAUCUUAUGACUGAGGAAGAGUUAAUUGAGCUUGAAAAGCAGGAAUUUGAAACAGGGCCGCUAUCAGUCCUUUUAAACGCUGUGAAAAACAAUACACAGGUCCUCAUUAACUGUCGAAAUAAUAAGAAACUGUUAGGUCGUGUGAAGGCCUUCGAUAGACACUGUAACAUGGUGCUGGAAAAUGUUAAGGAAAUGUGGACAGAGGUUCCUCGCCCGGGCAAAGGAAAAAAGAAGUCCAAGCCAGUGAACAAGGACCGGUUUAUUAGCAAAAUGUUUCUUCGUGGUGACUCCGUCAUUCUCGUCCUCCGGAACCCUCUUGCUACCGCAGCUGCCUCCGCCCGCGGCUGA